UUCCCGUUCUUUUCUGUUCGGAAUGUUGUCAGGCAACCGCCGCUCUGUGUUUCGCAGAAAUCGGCGCGGUGCGGAUCGUGUUGUUUUUGCAAGCUGACCGAGAAACACUGCUUGAAAAUAUUUUGACGACCUACUUUGACUGAAUCCAUGCUAAUGUUUGAUUUACCUUACGCUAUCGUAGUGUUUUAGUACUUAAGUCCUUAAGGGCUUCAGAAAGUUGAACAGACAAAUUGCUUGUGAAUAUUGACCGCGAUUCUCUGUUACUACAUAUACAUGUCGGUUUUUGAUGAUGACAUAAAAAUUAUGGUUAUAUCCUCGAACUAGUGGAAGAAGAUUAGACUACGCUACGAUCAAAUCAAAUCAAAGUUUUUCAUGACAAAUAUUUUUUUCAUAUCCCAUCAAACGUAUUUUCUGGUAGGCAAACAUCACGUAAAAAUCAGUUGGAAGACUGUAAGAAAGCCGUGUAAAAGUGAUAAGGAAACUUUUAAGACCUGUUUUUACCUAUUCCACUCAAUGAAACCCUAAAACCUAGAAAUAACAAAGUUAAUCCUAUUUUUGUUACGGCUGGGCAGUUUUGGCAACCACAUGUUUUUUUGUGCAGGAUUUAUUCUAAGUACUGUCAAUGCUGAUGUUCAAAUUACUUCACUCGCAUUAGCCACGACAAUAUUAUUUCCCAGUCUGUUGACGUCUUGUAAUUUAGUAGAUCGGCAAUCUGUUUUAACCGCAACAAUGCUUAUAUUUUAUCUCUUGUAGAUAUUAGAAGAUUCUGUGAAUAUUAGGACCACUGAUAAAAUUCUAUGAUAUGUUCAUUAUCCGCGUGUUUGUUGUCCAAUAUUUUGUGACCAUUUGAAAUUCAUUCUUUUUCAUCAAGGUUUAUGGCACUACAGAUAUUGUUGUGCGGCAAAAAGUUAGGGAAUGAAGAAACCAUAGUACUGAAUCGUUCAAAUCAAAACAUUGAACUUUCAGCAUGAUUGCAUAACAAUAUGCAAAUGUUUAGCCAUUGUUUUGAUUCGGAAGUUCCCAGCCAUCAUGGGUAAUAUUGCAAUAUCUGUUACCAAAACAAAAAAGUUAGACAUGCUGGUAGGCAGAAAUACACGUUUAUCAUACAUUGUGGUUCAGUUUGUUCAUUUUAAUUUUUUUUUUUUUUGAGUCUUGGUACAGACUUCCUUCCUGUAUUGAUGCUGGAAAGUUGAAUGGCAGGAAGGAAGCAGAAUAUCUCCCCACAAGGGACAUGAAGGGAAUGUUUAUCCUGUUGCUGAUAUCAACAUGAGAUUUUCUUUAGAUAAUUUUUCCUUUUGUUUUUUAUUCUUCUGCGAGGCUGAACUGUUAGAGCAAUUUUUCCUGGAAGUAGAGCAGCUUAAAUCUGCAAUCCGUCUAACUCAGCUUUUGGUUUUUCAAGAGCUCUGUCAGAUCUCAUUUUCAAUUUGGCACCUCCCCCACAACCCCAGGUUUUUACUCUUUACACUACUGGCAAGUGCAAGUGCAUGUCUACAAUGCUGUCUGGAAAUUAGGAAAUAUUACUCAGUCGACUAUUACGUGUGACUCAAUAGACUGUUAUGUGUAACUUAGUAUGCAUGUUGGUGUCUGGCUGUGGAGGAACCAAAAUUUUGGCGGCAAGACGCAAGCAGCAAUGAAACCAGAUUUCAAUUGGCAUCAAUUUGAUUGGUUUUCACUUUGAUUCAAGACUCUUCGAUAUCUUUAUGGGUCUUACAUGUAUAAAGGAUAUCUCUUCAAUUAUUAUCAUGAUUGUAUAUGAGCUAAAGUUAUGUACUAGAUUUAUCGGCUAUCGUGACAUUAUGCACCAAGGCAUGGCGAUAUCUGGAAAACCUGUAUCACUUGAACAAUGCUAAAUUAUAUACAACACCAAAACUGAGAGACAACAGGUGUUAGUUUACUUUCAGCCUGUCUUUUUUAAGUUUGCAAAAUAAGCAGGAACUUUUUAGUUGAUGGAGUAUUGUAAAAUAUUAUUUUAAAGUCAUAAAAAGGUAGAUAUUUUUAUAUGAUGUUUUUCUGCAUGCUAUUAUUAAUGAUAUCUACAUGUAUCUUCUCUAAAAGUGAUAUUAGUUGUACUAAACCUCAAAACUGCCUUUUUUAGAUAACCUGUUUAUGAGUCCAAAUGUGUGAUAAAUUCUCAUUACAUGUUUAGUCGAUUACAUUUGGAUGUUAUAAAGAGAACUGCAAUGCUGAUCACCCCCUCUGCUGAGAAGCUGCUUAACGAGUAGAAGCAACUACAGCUCACUUACUUCCAGAGCUAUAUGAUUUACAGCUCUAUUGAAAUGUCCUGGCAGCUAGCAAUUUUGCACUUUACUAAAUCAUGUGCUGCCUACAGAACUUAAUACUGGAGUUCAGGUAUCCUGGCUCAUUAUAAAAGUAUCUCUGGCUUUAAUGGUUUACUACGUCUGUUAUCUUGUCUGCUACUACAAAGCAUUUUGACAGGGCUUUAUAUACAUGUGUAUCUACCCAGAAUCCAAACUUUAUUUUUUCUUUGAAAAACUCUAUCUAGCUUACAUGCAUUAAGAAGACAUGAUUGACCAUUGCACUUAUACACACAACUUCAGCAGUUGUGAAAUUAAGCCAAAGGCUUUUCAAAUCUUUCUUCAUGAGGAAUGAGGUUCUUCUACAGCAGGAAAGAAAUCUGUGUAUUAAUAUUAAAGAGCUUUGGAUUAGAUUUAGUGUUCUAAUCAUUUUAGGCAGUUUUGGUUAGCCAAUGAAAACAGGAUAAUUUAACAAAAUUUUGCCACUAGAAGUUUAUUUACUAUUGUGUGGCUGGAGUUAAUAUGGUGCCAACUUUAUAACCUAAGUUUAAUUUAAAACAUGCAUAAUAAAACUUUGUACAGCAUUUUUCUAUUAAUUUUUUAGGAACUGUUGUAUACAAAAGAGAGCGAACUAUGUCUAUUGAGAAAUCUAAAAACAUGUUGCCAGUUUUUUUGCAAAUCUUUCAUUAAGAAAAAUAAUAUUUUUCUACUGGUGGGACACAAAUGUUCAGAUGUUAAUAUUAAUGGCUGUGGAUUUGAUUAGACUUGUGUUUAAAUCAGUUUCUGAAUAGCCAAUGGGAACCCGAAUGUAAUUGAUGAAAAUUUCACAAGGGGGUUGUUUACUUAUGUCUUAUUAGAGUUGUCAUGAAUAUUCAAUGAUCCCAGUGAUUAAAAAUAGUAAAUAAAUGGAAAGAAAGUAUGACAUGAUUUAUUCUCUUUAGUUACAGUUGUAGCUGGUUUGAUUGCCGCAAAAUGCAUCAAGGCAACAUUCUGGGUACAUCAAGAUUUUUUUACUGUAAUGCUUAUUUGUAGUGUUUUUAUUUUGUUAUCAUGAUGUUUUUUUUGGCAGAUUUGACUUUUACAUUUUAUAAGCUACUGACAACCUUUAAUUUUGACUUUUGACUAUUUAUCUACAUGUUAUAAGAUGCGUUCUUGAAAUCAUAAUGAAUAUGUGUGUGUACACAAAAACACUUUGAUUUAUUCAAUCUACAAAGGCCUUGGUAACCAUAACAAGACAAGAAUUUGUAAUCUAUGUUUGCUGCAUAUUUGUAAUGAGAUGUUAAAGAAAUUUUCAGUUAACAUUUUGAAACCUUCAUUGUUUAAUUAAGAACUCAUUAACAAUUCUGAGGUUCAUACAAGUUAUUCUCAAUGAUUCCCUCUUAGAAGAGACUGUUCAGAAAGAAUAGCCUGUUGAAUUGCAUGGAUAUUUAAAUUGCCUACUGCUUCAUAAUGAGUUUUAAAAGUUAUGCAUUUGACCUUGUAAUUGCUACUUUCUGUACCAGCUGUAGACUUAAAUUGCUCUGCUUUUGUACAGAUGUGUGAAAAAACAUGUUUUGCAUGACACAGAAACAUUCUUUGACAUGAGGUUGUGAUUUAUGAGGAAUCAUGCAAAUUCAGCUUAGAAAGUGAUAUUGCCUGCCAUGAUACGGUGUAGUUUCAUUUUCACACAUGUAUAUAUUCGUACCUCUAAAACCAUUAUAAACUACAUGUUCUCAACAGUUAUGUCUGCAGUUUUUCCCUCAUCUUUCUGCAUCCUGUGUAGUGUGCUAGCUGUUUUUCCGGUCUAAUUGGUAAUUAUCUCAACAAGUUUUCAAUUUCCUGAGUAUGGUGACAUUUGGGUUAAUGUUCAACAAGCUAGCUGACACUUGGAGCACAUUUUGCCACACCACCUGUAGUUUAUAGACCUCAUGCAAGGGAAAUAUGGUUUUUAUAUGCAUAACUGCUGUAAACAGUAAGCAACCAUACUUUUGCCAAGCUGAUUGGAAAGGAGGGAUAGGGCAGAAAUUUACUGAUGGCAGUGAUGAGGAGAUGAAGGACGAUAUUGACUCUGUACGUGGUUUGUUGGACAGACUGAAGGAAGAGAAGGAGAGAGAACUUCUUAAAGAGACUCCCUCAAGUUCUGUUCAAGAAAAUGGAAUUAGUAGUUCAGAUUCCAAGCAGGAUGCUGUGAUUGGUGAACUUCAAAAGAAGUCAACAUCGCUGGUGAUGAAUUUGAAGUCAGUCGUGAAAACAAAGGAGUCGCCAACAAAAACAAUUGCCUCCAGACAGAGAGAUGCAACUCUGCAGAAUGAUGGUGAUGGAGAUUCCUCCAAUAAAUCUGUGCCACAAAAGAGGAAACAGGAUUCAUUCCUGGUGGAAGUACAGGAAAGGGCCGAGGUGAUAAGUAAAAGUGCACGCAAAGCACCAGAAACGAUGGUGUCAUCAAUGGGACAAAAUGUAGAGGAAGAUCCAGAUACGGAGAUAUUUUUGAGAAAGAUUCGGGCAGCACCCUCCACGUCAAGUGAUUUGCAUGUUGAGGACAACACGACAAGAGUACAUAGAAGUAAAUCCGCUUCAGAGGUUGAUUUCUCGGUCGUAGUGCCAAAUUCAUCGACACUGAACUUGGAACCUCAAAAAUCCAAAAUCCCGCUUGGAAGGUCAGGCUCACUAAAAGGACGAAGAAAACCAACAGCAGCUGGAAGACGAAAGAGUCUGAAGUCAAGCUUUAACGAUGACUGGGAUGAUUCAUUUGUUAUCAGCGAAGGAGAGGAGCCUUAUUUUUCAAUGGACGAAGAACCCAGUGUUGAGUCUGGUGAAAGCUUCAUCAUUAAGGACCCUCCUCAGAUGGGUGCAGAAGGCGAAGUGAGACCACGAACUAAACCUAAGCCCAAAAUUAAAAGCCAGACAGUCUCUGGAAUAGCUCUUCCGGGUCUAGCUGAAGUGUUAAGCAAGAAGAAAAUCGCAGCAGAGGACAAGCAACGCUCCCAGGGCAGCGCUGCCGAAAUUGUCCGUGCAGCUGCCGAGAGUAAGAGGAACAUGGCAGCCAAGGAAGAAAGAGUGGAGAAGGAACCGGAAAAACCGGCUUGGCUGGUCGAGGCGGAGGCACGGAGGAAACUUCACGAACAGCGGAGACACAAUAAAACCAAACAACAAGGAGAGAACGACAGAGAACAGGAUAAACCGGUACAGAACGGCCCUGUUCUUCGUUCUUUGCCUCAUAAACCUGAACCAGUCAUUGAUAAAUCAGAUAGCAAUGCAGGGGUGAACAUACUUCACAAUGUUAUGCUUCGUCCUGUGCGAAAGCUGGAAGCAGUCGCGACUAAAUCAGAUGAAGACAACGAUGCUGAUAAAUCGUUAAACUUUUGUCUACGUCCUGUGUCUAAACCGGAUCCAGUAGACAGCCCAGUCGAGGAAAAGAGUGAUAGUAGUAGACAUCACAACGUGUUUUUACGUCCUAUACCCAAGCCGGAGCCAGUUGUCAAUGAUAACACUGAGGACUUGUCAGGGAAGUUUCAACCGGUACGUUUGAAACCCAUUGCUAAACCCUACGAUCCAAGACCGUCGGGUUCUUCGAUCUCCGAUAACGAAACAAUGCCGAUGGCAACACGAAUAUCUUCCGAAGUGAUGACUUCUAGCUCUCAACCGAUGAGACCGGUCACGCAAUCAUUUUCGGAAAACGGUGACGUGUUAGAUCAAAGCUCGCGGUCAGCGGGAGCAGCUAAAAAUUCUCGCGAGCAUCACUUCGUCCGUUCUCUUGUACCAAUAACUUCGGAGAAACCGACGAUUUCACGAUCGGAGCCGAGGGUUUCCGAAGGUUCUUCGUCGCGUCUGAAUGGCUCGCGAGUCACAGUUUCGUCGAAUUACGUGAGUGCGCCUCACAAAAUCACCCCGAAAACAAGACCCAAACCGACCAACAGGUCGAAAACAGUGACUGUUACGGCUUCUGAAGUGCCGGACCUGUCAAAAGCUAGGCGAACAAGUGUGGAGUUGAUACAUGCUAAAGUUGAGAGGAAAUUUCCCCAGCCUGUUUCGUCGACCGUACCGUCCAGUCACGUGACGUCGCCUAGGGACCAGAGGGAACCCCGGAGAGGCGGUGAUACGCGAGAAAGAGCGGAGACAUUUGACUCGUCUUACAGACCGAGUUACAGUGGAGAUGUCUUACCUCAGUGGAAGAUUGAUCUCAUUGAAAAGAAGAGGAAUGUUGGAUCUUCACGUAGAGAAAUAAUCAGAGAUCAGACGCAACAGACCCAUACUUCAAACGUGACUGCCGUUCCAGCCUGGAAGAGGGAACUGGCAGAGAAACGAAAACAGCGAGUUGCAGUGAAUGGCGUACAAACGUCCCGCAAAGAAAACGAACCCAAGACAUCUCCUGAGGUGCCUCGGUGGAAAAAAGAAUUCGCUGAGAGGAGAAAACGCAGAGAAAUGUCGCCAAGUCAAGUGCAACCUGAUAAACGCGAGCGGUCUCCGGAAACUCCCGAGUGGCAGCGGAGAUUAGCGAACACGCGACGAACUCAACCGAUCGUGGUACAGAGAGGGCCGGUGGAAGAUUCCACAGACCAGGUCCCGAGUUUUAUGAAGGAGUUUGAGAGGAAAAAGAGAACCUUGCCUCGCGGGGGAAGCUACGUAUGACCAAAAGAAAACAGCCGAAAUAUUGUUUAUUGUUUCAACCCUUUCGUUCUGCAAGGUUUUUGAGUUGAAUUUAAUAUAGAAGAGUUCAUAGAUGGAGCGUUGCUUCAUUUUGGUAUGCAAUUUCGAACGACACCUUAUUUCAGGAAGAUAAAUGAUCGGGGAGGUUUGGAAAUGAAUGAGCACCGUUUUUACAAAUAUAUUAAGAAUAAGUGGACAGUUGAUAAAUUGUAAGUUGAUGAUAUUUUGGUGCGUCAAAAAGUAAGAGGUUUGUUUUCAUUUGUUCUGAUUAAACCGAGUUAAUUAUAUCUGUUUUCACUUUAAGAGAAAAAGUAGAUCUAGGCAAAUUUACACGAUAUUUAAAUGUUCAGAUUUUAUUCCAAUCUUUGCUCAAAAGAACAAAUAUAUUUUUGUAGUACGAAAUUGUUUACAUGCUAUUUUUGUCAUAGCAUUGGUCGCAUUGGCCGGAAAUAUUUAAUUCUGUGGGAAAAGUAAUGAUGAACGUUUUGAAAAUAGGAUUAUAACUUUUUACCACAAUCGACUAUGAAGUUCUUUUAUACAAUAACGUCUGCAACUAUGACUUUCAACAUUUCAGGCCAAGGGAAAAAAAGAAAAAAAGCGAAAAACCUGACUUUGCGUUUUUUACAGGGAAAAUGCUGAAUUCAUCUUUAUAGAGCGUGUUUUAAUGAUUUUCGUUAGAAAAAAAUUCGCAUUUUAGAGUUAAGUGAGCGACGUGUUGUAACCAGUCAAAGCGAGGUGCGUAUUUGCUUUCAGCCAAUCAGGUUCGAGUUGUACAAGUGGUGAUUUGUUUUGCUUACUUUUCCCGCGCUUGCCAACCGUUGCAAGUGUUAUUCCUCGAGCUUUGAUUGGUUUAUAUAGUGACAGGCUUUGUGGUACUUUCAUUGGACGGUUUAAAAUAUUUCGACAUUUCUAAAGUAGACAUUUCUUUUGUCGUUUUGAGCUACGGUGUGGGGCCAAUCGGGAAAGGCUUCUGUUCCUUUUGCACUUUUUGUGCUUUUACAUUCGCAUUUACUGCCAUAAUUUUUUUAAAUGUAAUGUCAGUUGUGCUAGAAAAUUAUGGAAAGAAAGUAAGCAUUGUUUAAAUUAAACUGUACGUUUUAUUCUGUGCUAAGAGAAACAUUGGAUAAUUUUCAAAAUUUAGAUAAUUCCUGGUAAUUUCCUACCCUUUUGUAUUACGGUAUGUGAUAUUUUCAAUUUAUUACUGCGCCCGUUACUGUUCAAAAGCAGUGUUCAUCGUUGUCAUUUCAACGAGUUAUUUGAGAGAAAAUUUUGGAAAAUAAAGUUAACUUCACGAAUAUUGA